AUGGAUAUGGAUAAUACCAAUCGUCCUGCUAUCAACAUAUGGAUGUUCUUCGCCCUGGCUGCGCUGGACCUCGCAGCAAACGCCGCCGCCGGUCCAGCUGCAGUGGCAACUGCCGCACAUGUCAACGGGAGUCCAAUGACAGCGAGAGCAAUGCAAAUCGGUGCGCUCGCUGGAGUCACUAAAUCAGGGGUGUUAAUAUUCGUUGAAUUCGCGGCGUACGCCGGUUUGCCAACAGCAGGGCGUGGAUACUGUUAG